AUUUGUAUAUAUAAUUGGCAAGUUGAUUGACAUCUGAGCUAAUUGGAGUUGUAGAUACGAUUAUAAACUAUAAUCGCAUCAAACAAUGACAAGAACGUGCAGAGUCUGUGGCGGUACAAAUGGACGUUAUUGGAUCGAGAAGCCAUUUGAUAAAUACGCACAUAAAACGUACAAUCAGUUGCUGCUGGAGUUAACAAGGCUCGAGGUUGGUUUAGAUCAAGCCGACAAGUUGCCGCCCUGGAUUUGCCACAACUGUUCUCAAAGGCUAGAAAAUGCAUACGACUUUGUGCAGCAGGCUCGUAAUACUUAUGAGCUCUGGCUGCAGAAGCUCUCAACAGAAAGUCUCUCAGAGGAUACAGAAACAGCCACCCUAGAGUGUUUGCGCGAGACUCCAAUACAAAUGCUGGAUAUUGAGGGUAUAACAAUUAAAAUGGAAGAGUCCACUGAGCCUGUUACGCCAUCAACAACGGAUCCAACAAACAUAAUUGAUCCUUUGAUUAAGAACAGCAAUGUGGAUGAUGGCAGCAGUGAUGAUGACGAUGAUGAUGUACCCCUAAAGCAGCGCCGGGCAGCACAGACAAAAUUGCCCAUGCUACACAGGUGCAAUAAAUGCGACAAGUCUUUUAAAUAUGUAACCAAUCUCUACAGGCACAAGCAACGAGCUCACAGUUCAACUAAGCCACAAAAAGAAGAAGAGAUGCCUAAUCAAACCGAAGAAAUCUCCAGCUCAAUUGAGGGCAAAAGCUGUUCGGCAAACUUGGAUAGCGAGUCCGUCGAUAAUUACUAUAAAUGCGACCAUUGCGACAAGUCCUACAAGUAUAUAAUGCUUCUUGUCAAACAUAAGCAUAAGGCGCAUGUCUCCAGCCAGAUAUCUUCACAGCCCAAAAUAAUUGAGGAUAAUAUCCCAGAAUCGCAGCUGCAGCGCUCGAAGCCGAAAAGUACAGAUUCCCUUGUGCAUAGCAUCAUUAAGGAGAUCACCAUUCCGGAUGAGGAUGAUGCAGAUAGCUCUAGUGCAGAUAAUUACUACAAAUGUGAUCAAUGCGAGAAGUCCUACAAGUACAUUGUUAGUCUCAUCAAGCACAAGCACAACGAGCACAAGGCGUAUAAGGAUUCUGAUGAUGAUGAAGAUGAAGCCACCUCAACGAGAUACGCAACGGACACAUCAGCCAUGUCAAAGCCCUCACGCAUCGAUCGUCGCGUUAAAGGUUUCGAUUUAAAUCGGUGCAAGCCGAAUGGAUCAAAGGAAAUUCAAUGCAUGAUCUGUCUGCGUAGAUUUAUCAAACUUCGUGAGUUGCGUGACCAUUUAAAAUCCCAUCCUAAGGACUUUGAAUUCGAGGCUCAUGGCGAGCCUAUUGAACGGAUUGCAGAGGGCUUUUAUAAGACCGCCGUUGAGUCCACAGCUUCUGGCUUAAAACGACGAAUUUUCAAUGAUCUCAAAGUGGGCAUGUACGGCCGCUAUUACUCCAUAACGAAUGAGGCGCGAUAUGAGAUGAACCUGGACAGCUCCGAUACGGACAGCGAUGGUGAGGCGGAUGUUGUGGAGAGACACAGUUAUUCAUGUGAGCUAUGUAAAACACCCGAGACCGUCUUCCCACGCAAAUAUCAAUUGCACGAACACCAUCGGCAGGAGCAUACCUGGCUCGAGGCACCUCAUGUCUGUCAGCGUUGCGAUGCACGUUUCCUGAGCGCUCAAUUACUCGAUCAUCAUACUCUAAAACUGUGUCAGAACACGCUCAAACGGUUCAUGUGCGACAAAUGUCCGCAGCGAUUUUUCUGGCGGCGCAAUUUGCGGGCUCAUCUUGUCGAUCACAAAAACAAGCAGGAGACAUAUCCUUGCGAUCAGUGCUCACGCAGCUUUCAGGAUAAGAGCGCCGUGACCAAGCACAAACUAAUGCACCACGAUGGCAGCAAUGAGUUGCUACCCUGUCGCUGGUGCACACGCACUUUCUAUCGACCCGCACUUUUGCACAAGCAUGUACAGAGGCAUGGGUUUAGAGGUGAGGAUCUUCCCUUGGCAGAGACACUACUAGCGGAUGCUGCCAAGACUCCCGGACCAAAAUCCAUCUUAUGCAAACUAUGCGACAUUCAUUUCAUUACGAUUGGCGAUCUGCGACGACACAUCUCGAUGCAGGCCCACACUGAAGAGGCGCACAACUAUAUGAUAAGCACCGAAGAGGGCUUUGAGCUGCUUCUGGAUGAAACAGAUGAGAGUGACGAUGAGGCUGUAGGUUCUGGCAGAACUUAUCGCUGUGCUCUGUGCGACAUGAACUUUCAGCGACGGCGCGACAUGAGCGAGCACCAGUAUUCUCUGCACACCUUUGACAAGUUGCCCUUUUCCUGCGAGCAUUGUAUUUUCAAGACUGUAGAUAAGACUAUGCUGGAGCAUCAUUUGCGAACGCAAUGCCUUAACCAGGAAAAGAAAUUCAAAUGCUCACGCUGUGGCUACAAAUUCAUGUGGCACGAAAACCUAGAACUGCACAUGUCGACUCAACAUUCCAAGUCAUCUAGUCAGACACCUGUUACGACCAAGCGAAGCAGACGUUUUAGGUAUCAAUGCCCACACUGCUGGCGGUCCUUUGUUGUACAACCUAGCCUGGACAAGCACAUACGCGAUAUGCAUGUCGCCAAAAAGAAUCUGGGCAAGAAAUAUCUUUGCUCAUUGUGCGGUCUGGAGUCAUUGACGCCCAACAAGCUGAACAUACAUAUGCGUCGACACAAUGGCGAAAAACCCUUCAAAUGCGAUCUCUGCGACAUGUCCUUCACCGUGCACUAUGAACUGAAAGUCCAUCGACGCAAACAUACAGGCGAACGACCCUAUCAGUGCACGUUCUGUGCCAAAGACUUCGCCAGGCCAGAUAAACUGAGGCGACAUGUCUACAUGCAUAGCGUUAAGCGUUAAGCAAAAAAAAAGCCAAAGAAACUAAUUACCAAAG